CCACGCUCAACCGCUCACUUUCCUGCACCGCGCUCGUCGUCCGAGAGAUGAAAAAAAAUUGACUGUGAUCAACUCCCCCAUCUCCGUUCUUCAUCAACCCAUCUCCGCCGUCCGCCUCGCCAUCGCCAGCAUCAAACGCCUCGUCGACUGCGCAUCCGUCACGACGUCGCUACCGAUGCCUCUGGCUCCAUUGCAGCAGAACCGGAACCACGUCGCGUGCGUUGUGACAUGAAGCUUUCGCAACACUGGCUCCAGCCUUCCUCGUUAGCUCGCACAGGCAGAGUCCCGCCGUCGCCUCCGCCGCCCGUGCUGCUGCCGCUGCUGGUCGCGACCCGCCCCCGUCGCGACCCACACGCCUGCACGAAACCAUCGUCACGAACACCGCCGUCACCACCACCACCACCUCCUCCUCCACACUCAUCGACAACGACAACAAAAACAUCACUCUCUACCACCGCUCCAUCGUCGGUGGGAUGAGUUCGGCGUUUACACCGCUCGAGGCCUUGCUACUGUUCCAAUACCUGUCAAACUAUGGCGUCGCUCCCAAUGUCUUCACGAAGAUCUCGGACCUACUCACAAACGAUGACCAGAUCCGCCGCAGCUCCUCGUACGAUCCCGCACGCCUCACCCCGGACGCCCUGCGCGACUUCUACCUCAAGCUGUUGAAGGAUGAGGCUAGAAGUGAGAUGAGCGCUGUCGACGCCCCUGCGGGUUCCGCCGCCGCUGGCACGACGAAUGGCGAGGCCUCGCAGUCUGGCUCUAGGAAGCGUAAGGCUCCCAGCCCGAGCUUACCCACCAUCCAAGAGGCGAGCAGAGAUGCCCAUCUGAUCCCACAGCUGAUACGCAAACUGUACGCGCGCUACCGCGAGCAUGCUAUCAUACAGAUCAGGGAGGACGAGCGAAAGUACGAGCGCCUGCGGAAGAACAUCAGCGAGAUCAAGAGCGGCGCGUGGGACGAGAGACUGCAGCGCGAGAUAGAGCGUGGAGACUGGGACCAGCUUCUGCAGCGCAAGGCACAUCGACCCGAGAAUGGGACCGCUGACGCUUCACUGCCAGAGUCCGUCAAUGGCGCCGUGAAGCAGCCUGCCGUGACGGCGCAGGAAAAAGCGUGGAAACGGGAAUCGGACGCGCAUUUAUCUACAACAAAGGCCAGACCCUCGACACCGACUGUCUCCCCGCAUCCGGCCCGGCCGCUGUACCAGCAGUCGCAACCGCAACCACCCCCAACAUCUUCCCGCUCGGCAUCGCAGUCGCCCAUGCAUCCUACAUCUGGCCCCAUACAGCAAGCCCAACAUGCGCAACCACAACCAACCCUAGCCAUCAGCCCACGUCCUCCAGAGUCUCGGGCGUCCGCCAAACCCUCUCAGUCGCCUAUGUUGCCACCCCCACCGCCAGCCCAAGCCGGCCAACCAUACUCGUCAUACCCGUACGCGAACAAUGGCCAUUCGCAGCAGCUUCCAUCCCACACUCCUUACGUGCCUCCGCAUGGAACCGCGGCCCAGGGCCAGCAAGGCUCUUCGGUAGCUCAGCUCCAACAACUCGGUCAGCACCCGUCGCCGCAUCCACCCUCGCACCAAGGUGUGCAUGGCGGCGUGAUGCUGCAGCCGUUCGCCGUCGCACCGCAGACGCCCACGGGCUCACGACAACAAAGUCAGAUGCCGCCAGCCGCGAGCAACGCAAGACCAUCUGCCGCCUCGCAGAGCCAAAUGCCACAGCCCUCGGCACACUCGGGCGCCGUUCUGAGCCCUUUUGAUAUAGCUAAGCUAUUAGCUACUCCACUCACAUUAAAGAAGCCUCAGUUUGGCCCCAGCGCGCCGUCACCGUCUAAGGACACCCAGUGGAAGUCCGUGGGUGGUCGAGCUGGUCGACCGCCGCGGAGGUCAUCACCAGUUCGCCCACAGUCGCGUAGCGUGUCUCCCAUUAGCGAACGCGCUACGUCGCCACCACCUGAGGAGGAUGCGGCACGAAGAUCACGACGCGGAAAGCCAGCGCACGACAACUCCGCUCAGUCACGCAACACCAGGAUUAGGCGGGCAAGGGGAGCCAGUACGACGUCGUCGGUGCCUGGCAGCUCUGUCCGAGGCCGGACGCGAAGCCAGUCUGUCUUGUCACAUGUAGAGGAUAUGUCCAUGGCGGACGCCGCCUCUGUUACCGGACGCAGAGUCAAACCGGAGCCUUCCACGCCGAUGGAGAGUUCUGACUUUGUUCAUCCCACCAUCGAAGGCACUCCGGGAGGCGGUCAGACGACACGCAGAGGCGCAGCCACCGGAAACAACAAGCGCAAACGCGGUACCCGCGAAGACUCUGACGCCAGCGAUGUUCCCCCUGCGCUUCUCCAUCCUCGGCAGGACAAGAGCGUGGUGGUUGCCAACAAGAACUUCAGCCGCUUGUCGGCCACCAUCAUGAACGACAUACAGUCCCACAAGCACGCCUCGCUGUUCAGCAACCCGGUGCGUGACCGCGACGCAGAAGGCUACUCUAAGAUCAUCCGACGUCCUCAAGAUCUCAAGUCCAUCCGUGCGGGCAUAACGGCCGGCAACCGCGCCGUCAAUGCUGCAACGGCCUCCGAGUCGUUCGCCUCGUUCACAGCCUCCCAGCCUCAUCGAGACGCGGGCGGGAUCGUGAUGCUUCCCGUGUCUGAGGAGCUCGUACCUCCAAAGGGCAUCGUCAACUCGGCGCAGCUAGAAAAGGAAGUCAUGCGCAUGUUCGCGAAUGCGGUGAUGUUUAACCCGGGCAACGAGGACGUUGUGCUGGACGCGCGGGAGAUGGCCCAGAGCGUCGAGGCCCAGAUCACCAAGUUCAGGGAAGUCGAGCGCAGCAGCGUUGCCGCUGCUGGACUCACUUUCUCCGGUAUGGUCCCGCCACAAUCUGGUCCGUUGUCGGAGAGCGCUGCGACUGGAGGAGGCGAUGGAUUCGAGGAGCAGGAGGAGAUGGAAGAGAGCAGUGUUGGCAAGCGGAGGAAAAUCGGGUGAGACAUGCACAUGAGGAUUGCGUGACUCGCCAGCUGGGACGUAGCUUGGCUCAACAAAGCGGAGAAGUUGAAAUGAUGCACAUCGAAGCAGAGCGGCGCGGUGAGACCGGGUUGAUACAAGAUUCUGUCCAAUGUAGACGUUAUUGUUGCAGAUGUCCCGCCAGACAACCAAAUGGUAAUACAUAUGUUGAGGUGA